UCAAACAGUUCCAUUAAACGGGGCGGCACACCAAAUUCUGCAUAUAAACCAGGGGUGCAGAUGAACCCCUUUCAUCGACAGGAUCAUACAGCAACCAUGAUUUCUCUGGUCUUCGUUCUGCUCAUUGGAGCCGCUUUUGCCACGGAGGACGACAAGAUCGUCGGAGGGUAUGAGUGCAAGGCCUACUCCCAGCCCCACCAGGUGUCUCUGAACUCUGGGUACCACUUCUGUGGUGGUUCCCUGGUCAAUGAGAACUGGGUUGUGUCUGCAGCUCACUGCUACAAGACCCGUGUGGAGGUGCGUCUGGGCGAGCAUAACAUCAAGGUGACUGAGGGUAGCGAGCAGUUCAUCUCUUCAUCCCGCGUGAUCCGUCACCCCAACUACAGCGCCUACGACCUCGACAAUGACAUCAUGCUGAUCAAGCUGAGCAAACCCGCCACCCUCAACACCUACGUGCAGCCUGUUGCUCUGCCCGGCAGCUGUGCCCCCGCUGGCACCAUGUGUACCGUCUCUGGAUGGGGCAACACCAUGAGCUCUACUGCUGACAGCAACAAGCUGCAGUGCCUGAACAUCCCCAUCCUGUCCUACAGCGACUGUAACAACUCCUACCCUGGCAUGAUCACCAACGCCAUGUUCUGUGCUGGAUACCUGGAGGGAGGCAAGGACUCUUGCCAGGGUGACUCCGGUGGCCCAGUGGUGUGCAACGGUGAGCUGCAGGGUGUUGUGUCCUGGGGUUAUGGCUGUGCCGAGCCCGGUAACCCCGGUGUCUACGCCAAGGUGUGCAUCUUCAACGACUGGCUGACCAGCACCAUGCUCACCUACACAAACAUUGGCAGUAGAAUUGCCCGUACUGAAGAACUUUCAACGUGGCACCGUCACAGGAUGCCACCUUUCCAACAAGUCAGUUCAUUACAUUUCUGCCCUGCUAGAGCUGCCCUUGUCAACGGUGUCUUUGAUCAGCCAGUGUUCACCGGACAGACAGACACCAUGAGACUGCUCGCUCUGAUACUGCUGGUUGGAGCUGCUGCGGCAGUGCCCCGUGAGAAUGGUAAGAUCAUCGGUGGCCAGGAGUGUGAACCUCACUCCCGACCCUGGAUGGCCUCCCUCAACUACGGGUACCACUUCUGCGGAGCCGUGCUCAUCAACGAGCAGUGGGUGCUCUCUGUCGCUCACUGCUGGUACAACCCCUACGCAAUGCAGAUCAUGCUUGGAGAGCACAACCUGCGUGUGUUUGAGGGAACUGAACAGCUCAUGAAGACUCAAAACAUAAUCUGGCAUCCCAGCUAUGACUACCAGACGCUGGACUAUGACAUGAUGCUGAUCAAGCUGUUCCACCCUGUGGAGAUCACUGAUUAUGUGAAGCCCAUCCCGUUGCCCACAGGCUGCCCAUACGCAGGCGCCCCCUGCUCCGUCUCUGGCUGGGGCAACAUCGCCACCGGAGAGGAGGUAAACAUGCCCGCCCGUCUGCAGUGUCUGGAUGUGCCCAUACUGGAGGAUGAGAAGUGUGAGAUGGCCUACCCUGGCAUGCUCACCCGCAGGAUGGUGUGUGCCGGAUACAUGGACGGAGGCAGAGAUGUAUGCAACGGGGACUCUGGCAGUGGUCUAGUGUGUUUGGGUGAGGUUCAUGGCCUGGUGUCCUGGGGUCAGGGCUGUGCCGUGCCCGGACACCCCGGAGUCUAUGUCAAAGUGUGUGAGUUCCUCCCCUGGAUCGAUGAGACCAUGAAGGCCAACAUGUAACACCACUAGCUGCUUUCCUCCCUGUCUCUCAGACCUCUACUCCUCCUCACU